UUUAUAUUUUAUUUUUUCUUCUUGUGAAUAGGGAGCUAAAGUUGGAAAAUUGACUCUGAAGACCACAGAUAUGGAAACAAUCUAUGACUUAGGACAGAAAAUGAUUGAAUCUUUAACAAAAGAGAAAGUGCAAGCUGGAGAUAUCAUUACAGUUGAUAAAGCUACAGGCAAAAUAUCUAAACUUGGAAGAUCUUUCACUAGAGCCAGAGAUUAUGAUGCUAUGGGGGCUCAGGUAAGCAAGCCAGUUUUUAAUUAUAAUUUUGUGUAUAUGAAUAUCUUCAUUUAUACUUUUGUAGCAGUGUAAUUGUAAUUGGUAAAA